UUCCUUGGUUUUCUUGCAGAAAAUCCAUAAAAAUAGCAAGAAAAAUGGUGCAUUCAAACGGAGCCAUCACGAGCACAAUUCUGAAGGCUCGUCACGCCGACGUCGUCCGCAAGACGUCACUUCACCACGCCAACGACUUGACACUCAUCGAUCUCGUGCUCAAUGUGCAGCGGCUUUUGGCUCUCCCAUCCGACGCGAAUUUCGUGUUGAAGUACAAGGAUGAAGAAGGCGAUUUGGUGACACUCGCCGAGGAUAGCGACCUCCUGCUGGCUCUUCACACGUCUGGAGCCACGCUCGACGUGACCGUCGUUGUCGACUCGAGAGCUCGUGAGGCUGUGCACGAUGUGCAGAAGCAAGUCGAGCAGAUUAAGCUUGAUGUUGGAAAGCUUCUUGGCGCUCUCAGUGCUCUCGACGUUGCCCAGAUCGCCGAACAAUCGAACACAUCGGUGGCGAAUCUCUCGGCUCCAAAACAAUCUCACCACGACAAUAUUGUGUUCCAAAAGAGCUUCGAAGCGGCUCCACCAUCGCCAGUGCCUUCCGAGAAGGCCGAGCUCCCGGCGACGAUCCAACCGUCGGUUCACGAGCAAUUCAAUCAUCGCCCGGCGCACGUUGAGGAGGAGAUUCCGUUGGAGAAUCACUAUGCUCCACCACCACAUCAGCAAAUUCCCGAUGAUCUGAACACUAGCUUCAGCUCCCAGCCACCGCCACCAAUUGAGCAAUUCGGAGCGAUUCCGCCACCGAACGCGACGAUCCCGUCGUUCCCAACGUCGAAUGCGGCGAGCCCACCAGUUCAGGAGUUUGCUCCACCGCCUCCACAGCAGCAGCAGCAACAAUUCCAGGCUCCACCACCACCGAUGGCGUCGCACUCUUCGAUCUCGUCGACUCCAGUGCAGCAGCAAGGAUUUGCUCCACCGCAGCAGUUUGGCGGGCCACCACCGUCUGGACCACCAUCAGAGUAUGGAGGAUAUGCUCCACCACAGCAGCAGCAGCAGCAAUUCGGAGCCCCACCACCGCAGGGAGCUCCCCAGCAAGGAUUUGGAGCACCGCCACAAGGGCCACCACAGGGAGGACCACCACAAGGAUCCUUCGGAGCUCCACCACCCCAGCAAUUCCAUGCUCCAUCACCACAAUCGUUCGGAGGGCCACCGCCGCCAGUAUCAAGUGCUCCAGGAAACUUUGCCCCUCCACCACAAUCGGGACCACCGGGCGCUUUUGCUCCACCACCAUCCGCCUUCGGAGCACCACAGGGGCCGGGAGGCCCAGGAGGCUACGGUCCACCACCGCCAGGAGGCCCAGGAGCCCCAGGAUCGUACGGACCACCACAAGGAGGCCCAGGAGGAUUCGGACCACCACCUCCAGGAGGCCCAGGAGCCUACGGACCACCGCCAACCGGAUUCCCACCAGUCGGAGCACCGCCACCGGGAGCCGCCGGAGCCCCGGGAGGAAAUCCAUUCGCACGAGGACCAUCUGCCACGGGAUACCGCCAGUCGCCGUAUCAGCAGUAAUUAAUCGAUAAUUUAUUGAUGUUUUCUUCUUUGUUUGUUUGAUUCCCAUAAUUUAAAUAUUUUAUGUUUUCCCCCGUCCUUCCCCCCUAGUGUACAAGUUUCCUUUUCUACUCGCUCGCCCCUGUUUCCUUGUGAUAUAGCGCUGGAGCGCCUUUUCUCUUUUCCACGUGGAAUUCACAUCAAUUCUUGUCGUCUUCUCUCUCUCUUUCUCCUUUUUUUAGUGGUAUAUAAUAUUUAUGAUAUGAAUUUAAAAAAUCUCGG